AUGAUAGUAUGUUUAGAGAAUUCAGUUUUUAAUAAAGAUAGAGAAGAGGAGUAUUAUAAAAAUCUAGAGCAAUUCGAUAGAUUAUUCUUUAAAGUUUGGAGAAAUGUAUACAUCAGAAAUUUAAUUUUGUUUUUUUACCAUCAUUACUUUUUCGAAAUUGAAGACUCCUCAGCAAUAGACCAGCAUAGAUUUAAAGAAUACACCUCAAAAGUAUUAAUUCAUAAGAAGUUCCGUCAAAAAAUAAAAGCCGGUGAUAUCCCAGAUCAUAUAUCCCAACUAAGUUUUGGUUAUUAUUUUAAUGAAGAGGUCAUCCCGGGUUUUAUUCCCGCCAGUGUUAAAAAACUAAAGUUUGGUUAUUGUUUCAAUCAAAAAAUCAACGAAGGAGAUAUACCAUUUGGUGUCAAUGAUUUAACUUUUGGGGCUUCAUUCAACAAACCAAUUAGAAAGGGUUACAUUCCAGUUAGUGUUUUCAAACUUACAUUUGGUUACUAUUUUAAUCAUAGAUUCAAUCCAUUCGAAUUACCUCUAAGUAUCACAAGUUUAACUUUUGGCCAUUCAUUCAAUCAAGAGCUCCGUUACGGUAAUAUUCCAAAAAAUGUAACCACAUUAGUAUUUGGUGAAGAAUUUAAUCAACCAUUGGAUCUUGGUAGUAUUCCAAAUAGUGUAAAGAAAAUGAAAUUCGGCGGGGCAUUUAACCAACCAUUAGAACAUCUUAUUAUACCUGACGGUGUCGAGGAACUUACAUUUGGUGAUGAAUUUAAUCAACAGUUAAAAGUUAAAGAUAUUCCCUCCAGUGUUACAAAGCUCUCUUUUGGUGACCUAUUUGAUCAGAUAAUAUAUUUAAAUGUUAUACCAUCGAAUGUCCAGUACCUUUCAUUUGGCGAAGAGUUUAAUCAAGAUCUCUCAUACGGCAACUUACCCUCUAGCGUUACACAUCUUUCAUUUGGAAAUCAAUUCAAUAAACCAUUAAGAGAUGGUGUAUUACCACCAGAUUUAAUUCGAUUGUCAUUUGGAAAUAACUUCAAUAGCACUCUCAAAAUUCCAUCAAGUGUCACUGACUUGGAUCUAGGUAAAAUUUUUAGUCAAAAUUUCAAUAGAGGCGAUUUACCAAAUAAUUUAAUUAAACUCAAAUUAUCUUCAAAUCAUUAUGAUACUUUAAAAAACAUUAAUAUAAUCCCAGAAAACAUAAAGAUUUUAAAUUUUUACGAUUAA